UGCGCCGAGAAGAUCGGGUCCGGCUUCUUCUCCGAGGUCUACAAGGUGCGGCACCGGCAGUCGGGGCAGGUCAUGGUGCUGAAGAUGAACCGGCUCCCCAGCAACCGGGGCAAUACGCUGCGGGAGGUGCAGCUCAUGAAUCGGCUCCGGCACCCCAACAUCCUGCGGUUCAUGGGCGUCUGCGUGCACCAGGGGCAGCUGCACGCGCUCACCGAGUACAUGAACGGGGGCACUCUGGAACAGCUGCUCAGCUCCCCUGAGCCCCUGUCCUGGCCGGUCAGGCUCCGCCUGGCUCUGGACAUCGCCCGUGGCCUGCGGUACCUGCACGCCAAAGGUGUAUUCCACCGGGACCUCACGUCCAAGAACUGUCUGGUCCGACGGGAAGACCGAGGCUUCACGGCUGUUGUGGGUGACUUUGGGCUGGCCGAAAAGAUUCCUGUGUAUAGGGAAGGGGCGAGGAAGGAGCCCCUGGCUGUGGUGGGUUCCCCAUACUGGAUGGCCCCAGAGGUGUUGCGGGGUGAGCUGUACGACGAGAAGGCUGAUGCAUUCGCCUUUGGGAUUGUCCUCUGUGAGCUCAUCGCCCGAGUUCCCGCAGACCCUGACUACCUCCCCCGUACCGAGGACUUUGGCCUGGACGUGGCAGCUUUCCGAACCCUGGUGGGUGCUGACUGCCCGCUGCCUUUCCUGCUCCUGGCCAUCCACUGCUGCAGUAUGGAACCCAGCGCCCGCGCCCCCUUCACUGAAAUCACCCAACACCUGGAAUGGAUCCUGGAGCAGCUGCCUGAGUCAGCUCCGCUCACCAACGCUCCCCCAACCCAAAAUCUGGGGUCUCUUCCCAGGGGAGGCCCUUCUGCCACGCUUCCCCGGCCAGACCCCCGGCUCUCCCGAAGCCGGUCAGACCUCUUCCUGCCCCCAUCACCAGGAUCACCCCCCAACUGGGGAGACAGUCUGACUCGCGUGAACCCUUUCUCACUACGGGAAGACCUCAGGGGCGGCAAGAUCAAGCUCCUGGACACGCCCAGCAAGCCGGUUGCCCCCCUGCCCCUUGUACUGCCGUCCCCGCCGUCCUCCACCCCCCUGGCCUUGGGGACGACCCCGGAGACCCUGGCCCAGCCCGGGACACCUGGCCGCCGCUGCCGCUCCCUGCCCUCAUCUCCCGAGCUUCCCCGACGGAUGGAGACAGCGCUGCCGGGUCCUGGCGCGCCCCCUCCCCCUGUGGGCCCCUCUGCGGAGGAGAAGAUGGAGUGUGAGGGCAGCAGCCCUGAGCCGGAGCCCCCAGGACCGGCGCCUCAGCUGCCCUUGGCCACGGCCACAGACAACUUCAUCAGCACUUGUUCUGCCUCCCAGCCCUGGUCUCCCCAGUCGGGACUCCCCCUCAACAACAACCCCCCGGCUGUGGUAGUCAACUCCCCACAAGGCUGGGUCGGGGACCCCUGGACCAGGGCUCAGCACAGCCUCCCCCGGGCGGCAGCUCUGGAGCGGACAGAACCCUCGCCGCCCCCCGCGGCUGCCCGGGAACCCGACGAGGGGCUGCCCUGCCCCGGCUGCUGCCUCGGCCCCUUCAGCUUCGGCUUCUUGUCCAUGUGCCCCCGUCCCACACCAGCUGUCGCCCGCUACCGCAACCUGAACUGCGAGGCCGGCACGCUGCUCUGCCACCGAGGGCACCACGCCAAGCCACCCACGCCCAGUCUGCAGCUGCCGGGGGCACGCUCGUAGCAGCGGGGCCUGUCCUCGCAGGCCUGCGACUUUGGCCUACGGGACACCCUGUGGGGACGGAGUGCAAAUGCUGGACAG